GCCCCCGCUCCUACCUGUUCCGGGUGGCGAUCUAUUCUUUGGGCUUUGGUGCUAGACUUUUCUGAAUUCGGAUUCCCGCUGUGCUACUUCCUUGCUGAAUGGCCUCAGACCUUUUCCUUAGCUUUUUCUGAAUCUUAGUUUCCCUACCCGGGAAUAGUAAAGCCUCUCUUGCCAAACUGAUGUGUGGAGCAAAGUAGAGAUUGAUGGCAAAUCCUUUGCGUUGGUCAGUAGCUAAGCGCGGCCGGCUAACUUCAGCGCCUUCUUGGGCGCGCAGGACGCCUGGGGGAGAAGCCGGCUGAGAGCUGCUGGGGGCGGGGAAGAUCGCAAUCACUAUGGCAACCGGAGACGCCUCGCGUUCUCGGCCUCCUGCGGCGAAGCUGGGAAGGCGAGUCGCGAAGACGCCCGCGGCAUGAGGGUGGAGGACUCGACGGUGGCGGCGCCAGAGGCGGACAGCGACCCGCAGCAGCUUGGGCAGCCGGCCGGGCUGGGGUGCGGGGCUCGCGGGGAGCCCAACGACGGCGGCCCCCGGGAGUCCCACAAACAGUGUGAGUUCCCCUGCAGCCGCGGACCCUGCGCAGAGGGACCUGCCGUGUGGAGAACCGGGAAGAAAUUUUUAUAUUGUGAGCCACACAAGAGAAUUAAGGAAGUACUGGAAGAAGAACUCUAUAUUAAGAGAGAUGAAUGCCACAUUAAAAAUCCACCUGCAGUGGCCCUGGAAGGGAUUUGGAGCAUUAAAAGGAAUUUCCCCGUGGGAGGCUUGAAGCCAGGACUGCCCAGCAGAAACACAUUACUGCCACAAGCCAAGUACUAUUCGAGGCACGGAGGGCUGAGAAGAUAAGAAGAAUACAUUUUUCCAUUGAGAAGAAACCUCUUUCUCCUAAUGUCUGAAAGACAGAGAAGAAACCCCAAACUUGUUUCACAGUUUAAGAUGUGUAAAAAAGUGUCUAUAAAUUAUAUUAUUGGUAUUAAUUCCUAUCUAUAAAUUAAGCCAAAGUUAUCACAGACUAUUGGUAAAGCUUACUAAGCACCUGAAAACAAUGAAGGAAAAUAAACUUAUUUUUAGUUGUCACAUUAGGCUUCUAAUUCAGAUUAUUUUAUUAAAUAUGUAAAGCAUAAUAAAACAGGCAUAUGUAUUGUCUUUACUUCAAGUAAACAUUAUAAACCUAAA